AUGCCCUCGGAAGUACGACGUCUUUCUGCACAUGUAGUUCUCUACUGCAAGCCAUCAAACGCUCCGGAGCUAUGGCAGAAGUCCAGAGCGGGGAUGCUUACUGACAGAUGUAGUAUGGAAGAUUUGAAGUCUUUGAAGUUUAUCAAGCUUAUAAUAACUGCAAAUGGGACGUCGAUGAUGGAUUGUGGUGUUGAAGCAGUUCUCGAACUUAUUGAAGAAUGUGGUUCCACAGAAAUCCCUGGAGGAGAAGAUAAUGCGUUUGAUACAGCUAUUGACUCAACUGAGGACAACAGUCAAGUGAACCUUUUGAAUGCGAAACAACGAGUGAUCGUAAUGAAAGCUGUCGCUACGGCGAAGUCUAGGGAUACAGAUAGAAAUCGUUUAUCCUUUGAUGUUUAUGGCAAAGAAGGAUGCGGGAAAACGUUCACUUCUAAUACAAUGAUUGAUGAACUACGGAAUGAAGGUUGGUGA